AUGCGUUUCUCUCUCGCUGUUCUCGGCCUCGCCGCCGCCGUCUCGGCCACCGCCGUCGACGCCAAGGUCGCCGCUGAUGUUGACGCUCAGGUUGCUGCCGGUGCUGCUGCCGGGGCUGCUUCCGGUGCCAAGGUUGGCGCUGAUGUGAACGCCAAGGUUGAUGCCGGUGUCGACGCUGAUGCCAAGGUCGGAGCCGAUGUCAACGCCAAGGUUGCUGCUGGUGCCGCUGCUGGUGCCGCCGCUGGCGCCAAGGUCGGCGCUGGUGUCGACGCCAAGGUCGAUGCUGAUGUCGACGCCAAGGUCGGUGCCGGUGCUGCUGUUGGCGCUGGUGUCGGUGCCGGCGUUGGUGCCGGUGUUGGUGCUGGUGUCGGGGCUGGUGUCAAGUCUGGUGCCGGUAUCAACGGUACCGAUGCCGUCGGUGCCGGUGUUGACGCCAAGGUUGGUGUCGAUGUUGAUGCUAAGGUUGCUGCCGGCGCUGCCGCUGGUGCCGCUGCCGGCGCCAAGGUCGGUGCCAAGGUCGAUGCCGACGUUGACGCCAAGAUCGCCGCUGGUGCCAAUGUUGGCGCCGGUGCCGGUGUUGGCGCUGCUGCCGGUGUUGGCGCUGCUGCCGGUGUCGAUGCUGCCCUCAAGGCCGGCGCUGGUGCCAAUGUUGCCGCCGGUGUUGGUGCCGGUGUCGCUGCCGGCCUCACCGCCGGCGCCGGCCUUCAGGUCGACGCCCACGUCAAGGCUGCCGUCGACGCCGCCGUCCACGGCUUCAGCUGCCCCCAGACCAUGGCCUACUCCCCCUGGGCCAAGUCCUGCGGCUGCCUCCCCGGCCUGAACUGGGACGCGACCGCCGAGACCUGCACCGGCACGCCCAUCACCGGCGCCUGGCCCGAGCCCUCCCUCGACGUCUUCGCCAGUGUGCACGUCGAGCUCUCCGCCUUCUGCGCCGCCAGCCCGACCCAGAUCUGCAUCUACGACGCCGUCCACGAGUACUGCCAGGCCGGCCUCGACACCAUCACCUUUGUCGCCGACGCCAAGAUUGCCGCCGAGAUCAAGGCCCUCGGCGGUGCCGACAUCGACGUCAACGCCAACAUCUCCGCCGAGCUCAAGGCCGUCUCUGCCGGUCUCCACGGUCUGUACCUGGAGCACGCUGAGGACGCCGUCGCCAUGUUCAACACCAAGGUCUACGGCCUGCACCUGCUCGACGUCGAUGUCUCUGCGGAUGUCCAGGUUGGCGGCGUUACCAAGACCGAGUCUGCCCUUUGCAAGCUUGGCCUCGGCUCGUGCCAGCGCGACUGCGUCUCCUUCAGCCAAAAGGGCUGCGCCAACCACAUUGAUGUUGGUGCCGAGGUCGGUGCCCAGAUCACCGGCAUGGUCGAAGGCCUCUGCAUCCUGCCUUCGGUCAUCCUCUGCUCCACCAAGGCCAAGGUCCUCGUGUCUGUCGCCGUGGAGCACCUGCUCUGCAUCGUCGGCAACGUCGUGAAGACGGUCAUGUCCACCUUUGACUGCCACUGCAAAUAA